AUGGAAGAACUUUUGCCUCAACCCUCAAAGAGUGCACCUGCUUCGGCUAAAAAGGGGGCGCGUCGCGCUAGGGUGACUUCGCGAACUACCGGCAUAGAUAUCGUCGAGCAACCGGAAGACCGUUUUGUUGGUCUGGCUAGACUCGACGAAAUCACGAUGGUAGAGAGUCAGCCUAUCAUAUGGAAGCGAGAAGAUCUUUUCCAAGAGGAGACUGAUCAGGCACCAGUCCACUUUAGCAGGGAGCGCUUCAUUGACUGGAAUGAUCAGCGCACUUCUAGCUCGAAGGAAUCCAUGAAAACUCUUCCGGAAGUGAACAAGGUUUUAGUCGUGGUGACAAUUGCGGAGCAUCCCAACAUACCCGAUUUAGGAACCACCGACGCUAGAAGCAGCUUCAGUCUCGUAUGA